AUGCGCAAGACUCCGGAGAAGAUACUCACCGAUGACACUGUCUACCAAACACAACUCACGAGGCAGAACAUCAGCACAGUCAGUACAGACGCCGACGUUACAGAGUCCCUCGAGACCGAAGAUAUUGCCAUCAUGCCCUUUAUUUCCACCUUCGUGUCCCAAGAAAACACUUAUGAGUCCGACUAUGGCGAGUGUCCCUUUGCCGAUUCUUCUAGCAUUGAGCAGAAUGGUGGAUGCAGCGGCCUAGUUGGCUGUCCCCACAACGUCGAGGCAACGGUACUUGAUCCAAAAAGUUUGUCACGGCUACUUCAAAACGAGCGAGAUCAGGACGAAGCGAACUGGGUGGACGAAAUCAACGAAGAAGAAGAAUUUGACAAGGUCCCCUCAUCUUUCGAGGCUGCUUUGGUGAAGGCUGAGCAUCAUGCCACGAACAACCUCGCAUACAGUAUUACUUCGUCGCGGCAGACAAACAAUGCACACAAGCGUCGCCAGACUAAGACGGCACCACCGCGAGGUUCCGGUUUCGAGGGUACAGAGCGGUUCGUCAGACCCGAGCACCGGCGCAAAAAGGAGAGCAACGCAAGCUACAGGCACUUCCUGAAAAAGAAAAGGCCGCUAGACAAGUCGAAGCGCAGCCGCUCUCGGGAUGAUUCAGUUGGCCAGAGCCAUGGAUGGGAAGAGGGGCCGACAUCUACGUAG